UUAACUAAAGUGGCCCUGCCAUGCUUCCUCCCAUCUCGUGCAAGGCAUCGAUUCAUCCUUUUUUACAGAGGAAAAGGGAGAAGAAGAGCAUCCUAUUCCUGCCCAACACCCGGUUACGACAUUUGGAAAACUUCAAAUCUAACUUGGAAGGUAUUACGGAGAGUUAAGAUUUGGCCCUGAGAUGGAGGGAGUAACGCCAGCCAUGAAGUUGGCUUUGGAGGUUUUUCUUUUUUUACUGGUCGGCGCAUUUAAUCACUUCCAAUCCUUGGUGCAUGUCUUCUCUACUCCUUGUGCCGACCCUGCACUCUCCGCUAGCUUGCUUUAUCUUUACUGCUUUUCCCCUCUCACGCAAAGCUCCAUCUUCCCCCUCUCACGUCGAGGAAUAGAAAGAGAAAAGGACGAAAGCCCUUUACUUUGUCACUCAAGGAUCAUCGAGACUAGAAGAACAGACAUAGGAAGCAAAAAUGGCAUCAGGUGAUUCUUUAAAUGCUGAAUUAUCAGAAAAGACGCCGGUGCUUGGGCUGAGACUUUGGGUUGUGAUUGGCAUUUCUGUUGGUGUUUUGAUCGUGUUCAUUCUCUCUAUCCUCUCCCUAUGGGUCACCUCUCAGCGGAAGACUAGGCGGUCGUCCUUCGAUAAAAUUGUCGUCUCACAAAUCCCCAAUGUCUCAAAAGAGAUUACAGUUGAUAGAAUUGGCGCUCGUAGCCUCGCCCGGUCGCUUCAAGAGCGCGACGGAGCUUUCCACUCAUCCUAUGACAAGUUCAGUGAGGACUCUGGAAAGCUGCUCACCCAUAUGACAGUGAGCAAAUCUAGUGAUGCUGAUAACAUGAGCCAAUGCAGCUCAGCUUACCACAUUGACAGGGCUGGUAGUUCCUAUUCCGGCGAUGAAGGUAGCUCAGGCCAUGCCAGGAAACCGUACUCACCGUAUAGUCUUGUCACCGCGUCUCCGUUGAUCGGUUUGCCGGAGUUCUCACACUUGGGAUGGGGCCACUGGUUUACACUUCGGGAUCUCGAGAAUGCUACAAAUCGGUUCUCCAAGGAAAAUAUCCUCGGCGAGGGUGGAUAUGGAGUUGUUUAUCGCGGACGUCUGAUAAACGGAACCGAUGUUGCAGUCAAGAAGCUUCUGAAUAAUCUAGGCCAAGCUGAUAAAGAAUUCCAAGUGGAAGUGGAAGCUAUCGGCCAUGUCCGACACAAAAAUCUAGUCAGACUUCUGGGAUAUUGCAUAGAAGGAACCCACAGGAUGCUUGUUUAUGAAUAUGUCAACAAUGGAAACUUGGAGCAAUGGCUUCAUGGAGCUUUGCAUCAACAUGGUGUUCUUACUUGGGAACAACGCAUGAAGUCGAUCCUAGGCACCGCCAAGGCCCUUGCCUAUUUGCACGAGGCAAUCGAGCCAAAGGUUGUUCAUCGUGACAUAAAAUCCAGCAAUAUCUUACUUGAUGAUGAGUACAAUGGGAAGGUGUCUGAUUUCGGGCUAGCUAAGCUCUUGGGUGCAGGCAAAAGCCACAUUACUACCAGAGUUAUGGGAACAUUCGGGUAUGUGGCUCCUGAAUAUGCGAAUACUGGACUUCUGAACGAGAAGAGUGACGUUUACAGCUUCGGAGUUUUGUUACUGGAAACGGUGACCGGGAGGGAUCCUGUGGAUCAUGGCAGGCCUGCAAGUGAGGUGAAUCUUGUGGAGUGGCUUAAAAUGAUGGUUGGAAGUAGGAGAACAGAGGAAGUAGUGGAUCCUGUUCUUCAUGUUAAACCAGCUGCUCGAGCUCUUAAGCGCGUUCUAUUGGUCGCUUUGAGAUGUGUCGAUCCUGAGUCGAACAAACGACCUAACAUGGGUCAGGUUGUCCGAAUGUUGGAAGCCGACGAGGAUCGAAGAAGCCGAUGGAACCAUGCAGGCAAAAUGGAGAUUGAGACUGUAACGGAGAGUAACAAUUCAAAUGAUCUGGAAAGUAAAGAAGCAGGUGGAUCAUCAUCGUCAGAGAGAUUGAUAGUCUGAUUAUUAUUUGCAAAAAACAAUUCAGUUAUCAGCUUUGCCCUUUGGUUAGUAAUUCAAGGAAGUUGUAUCAGCAACAACAGGGCUUGUGACAAUGAAGACAUUGUUUGUGUUUCUCGAGCUUUGCUACAAUUUCUGCUAGCUGCAUAAUAAGGAGAUCUUGGAGAGUCAAAUCAAUGUUUUGCAAUUUCCAGAGUUCAUCCAUAGUCUUCCUGUACAGAUGUCCAUGUAGAAAUUACUUUGUUUUUUAUUUCUUAUAAAGUUAUCACUUGGUUU